GGGAGGCGCCGCUCGAGGGCCACGCGGUCGUCGCGCCCCGCCUCGUCGCCGCCGGCGCCGCGGCCCUCUGCUCACCCGACAAGAAGAAGGUCCCCGCCCCCCUCGCCGCCACCCCGAGCCCUCUCAAGAAGAAGCGCACUGGCGGCCUCACGCGCAGCCGCCUGAACAUGCUGGCCCGGCCGAAGAUCCGCAAGUAGAGAAGGACAGAGAGCUGCCAGCCGGCGUCGAACACGCGCGCGUAGAUGCCGCUUUGGACUGGCGGCGCUUUUUAUGCCACGCGGGCGAGGGCUCUCCCUGCCGCUCUGAUACAUGGAAGCACUGACCUUUCUCUCCCGUUCUUUCCACGAGCUACUACUACCACCGCCGCCGCCGCCGCCGCUUGUGCUGCUUACCGCGCUACCGCUACUACGCCCCACUCCUCCUCCUCGGCUCUCGCAUCGCAUACGGUUGAUUUCUGCACUGCAUUCGGGGGGGAGAAAAACGGCACGGCGACACGGGGCGUCGUCGUCGUCGUCGUAGGACCACGGAGAAGCUUCUCUAGAUGGAGACGGAUGCUUCUCCGCUGCUUGUCUGUUCGGGGGUCUUGUUUUUUAACCCCCUCCCGCUCACUAGCACACUGUUGCUGUUUUCCUAAGGGUACCUGUUGUUUCGGCGUUGGUUUGCAAGGUAUGGCGUGGUACUGCUGUUGCUCUUAUAGCUGCUCCUAGGGGCCUGGGCGGGGAUGGGAAUGGAUCAAAGGCUACGCUACGGCGCGCUCCCGCAUUCAAGGUCUUUCUUCCCGUGUAGAUACAUAGGGUUAGGUACCAAACGAUGGCAUGAGAAAUUUUAUGGUUACGAUCUUCUACAAUGGUGAAAUGUCGGGUUGGUAUCCCGCUCGGCGUCGUGUGUUUCUGGGAAUUGGUCCCCUCCCUUUUUCCACGCCCCGUCAGAUAUUACGUCGCAGUGAUACAUGCCCGUAUCGUUUUAAGAGGAGUGGUUUUCCGUCAUGCUGCGACCGGCUAUAGGUAUUUGAAUAACUACUCGGAAUAUCCGGUAUGGCUGGUAGUUAGCAUCCUGUGC